AUGUAUCGCCGCAUUCAUGACCACGAAGCCUUCGUCGAUUCGAUGAGCGAAGCGGCUUCAGCCUUAGAACAUAGCGAGCGUGGCCUAGACGAUAGCGGUGAUUCUGAUGCCUUCAUUGUCCCUGAUUCUGAUGGGGAUAGUGGAAUCUCGAUUCCGCAAACCCCCCCAGUCCCUCAAUCAACGUUGAGCCAAAGAUACGGACGUAUAACAAGGCGCGGCGAACGCAGGGCACCCCAGAAUGUUGAGGGAGCCAGUUUCGCCAGCUCAAGCGAGUCUCCGACACCAAAUACACGCCAUCGAGACGUCCACAGGAGCUCACGAGGCCAGUUCCACCUUUACUUUCUAAUUAGAAGACUUGAGGACUUAGCAAUGGCAAUAGAGGAUAUGAGAGCCGAUAUGCAAGACAUACACUACUUUAAGUUUAAAGUGCUGUUAACUGCACUUCAGUUACUCUCGCAUCCCCUUGUCUUUGUUUUACUUCUCCAAAAUCCCGGCCCAAUUCUCCUCGUGCCCAUGUUUCAUGGUCUCGGCACCCUUGGUGAACUUAUCCCAAGUCUCCGCGCUGGCGGACAAGGGUGUCCCAAAAGACCGGUUCGAGCUGGUAGUGCGAAUACCACUUCAGAGUGUAGGUACAAGAACUAUAGUCCUCCUAUUUAA